CAAAAUACACCCCGCAGGCCACCCGUCCGUGGCUCGUUCCAGCAUUCCAGGGAGGGCCUGCUGACCUGAAGGUAUCCUCUGGCCUCCCGUCUGAGUCACUCUGCUUCAGGUCAAAAGACCAGAGAAGAUUCGGCGUUGGGAGCUGCCGCUGGUGAGGCGCCGGCCGCCUGAGAAAGUGGGCCGAGAAUGGACCCCCUUCACCUGGUGCCGUAUUUGCCUCGGGCAGAGUGGUCCCCGGGGCCGGAAGACCCAGGCUGGCGAGCGAUGUUGUGUCAGGGGCUCAAGGAACACCAGAUGUGUCCAAGACGGAAGAGUCUGCUGAGGGCGCGGGUCAUGGACUUCAUCACCUCCACAGCCAUUCUGCCCCUGCUCCUGGGCUGCGUGGGCCUCUUCAGCCUCUUCAAGCUGCUUCAGUGGCUGCGCAUGAGGGCCUACAUCCGGAACGCCGUGGUGGUCAUCACUGGCGCCACGUCGGGCCUGGGCCGAGAAUGUGCCAGAGUUUUUCAUGCUGCUGGUGCUAGGCUGGUGCUCUGUGGCCGGAAUGCUGAGGCCCUGGAGGAGCUCAGCCGAGAACUUGCUGCUUCCCGGACUCCGGAGGUGCAGACACACAAGCCUUACACGGUGGCCUUCGACCUCGCAGACCCUGGGGCCAUAGCAGGGGCUGCCUCUGAGAUCCUGCAGUGCUUUGGCCACGUGGACGUGCUCAUCAAUAAUGCUGGGAUCAGCUACCGAGGCGCCAUUGUGGACACCAGCCCAGACGUGGACAAGAGGGUGAUGGAGACAAACUACUUUGGUCCAGUAGCUCUGACAAAGGCGCUCCUGCCUGCCAUGAUCAGACGGCGCCAGGGCCACGUGGUUGCGAUCAGCAGCAUCCAGGGCAAGAUCAGCCUGCCUUUCCGAUCUGCGUACGCGGCCUCCAAGCAUGCAACCCAGGCCUUCUUUGACUGUCUGCGGGCUGAGGUGGAACAGCAUGACAUCGAGGUGACGGUCAUCAGUCCCGGCUACAUCCACACCAAUCUCUCCCUUAAUGCAGUCACAGCCGACGGGUCCAAGUAUGGAGUGAUGGAUGAGACCACAGCCCAGGGCCGAAGUCCUGUGCAGGUGGCCCAAGACAUCCUGGCUGCUCUGGGGAAGAAGAAGAAGGAUGUGGUGCUGGCCGACCUGAUGCCUUCCCUGGCUGUUUACCUUCGAACUCUGGCUCCUGGGCUCUUCUUCAGACUCAUGGCCUCCCGGGCCAGGAAGGAGCGGAAGUCCAAGCACAGCUAGUGCCCAUCCUGGUGGGCAGGUGGGGCAGUCACUGCUCCAUGGGGACUGUGUUGGACUUCUGCCUCAUGGGUGGGGAAGGAGGGAGACGUGCUUUCCCUGCGGACCCCUGGCCAGGCCUGCUGGUGGGGGACGGGAACUAGGAGGACGUCUGGGAACCAAGAAGGGUGAGGGACAGCUUCCUCCAGGUGGAGGGUCUAAACUCUGGGACAUGAAAUAAAGGAAGGAGCCUGAGAGCUGUGGUCCCCGAGGGCAGGCAGAA